AACACGUCGCGAAAAGUAUCGGCUUCGACGCCAACGCCACUAUCGCUUUAUCUUUCCACACCUUCGAAUAUUCAAACAUUAGAGCAAAGCGUGCACACUCGACCACCGGUGAUUAACUGUGUAUUUAAUAACGAUAGGAAUUUUCAGUUUUAUAAGUUUUACUUUAAAAUUCACAAAGUUCAUAAUUAAUUCAAAAUGAAUACAAAAGUGGUGUUUUCAAUAUUUUUGACGCUUGUCAUAAUUUUGGCCGAUUUGUGUACAUCGAUCGAGUCCCGUAAAGUGAUAUUCUACAAUGGCCAACAUACCGUACAGAAAAGUCAAUUGCUUUCCACACAAAUAAUGUCGAAGCCAUGUCCAGUCGGUAGAAUGCGAGAUCAUCGCAAUCGUUGUAGGCGAGCCAUUAUAUUUAGUAGAAAACCGAAAUAGCAAAAGGGCGUCUCGUACAUUUACUGUUGAGUUAUUUAUCAGUGAGUGAUUUCGUAUCGAAUUCAUCGAACAGCCGUUGUUUAAUGGUUUUGCGUCUUUGGGGAGCUGAUAAGCCAAUGGGGAAGACUUUU